AUGUGCUUUUUCCUCUCCGCUUGUCUGAAUGUGUUGCAGGGCUCCCAGUACGAGCUGAAAGAUAAUCCGGGUGUCCACCCUGCUACCUUUGCUGCCCACACUGCCCCUGGUUAUUAUCCUUAUGGACAGUUCCAGUACGGGGACCCAGGGCGGCCCAAAAAUGCCACCCGGGAGAGCACCAGCACCCUCAAGGCCUGGCUCAAUGAGCACCGCAAGAACCCCUACCCCACCAAGGGCGAGAAGAUCAUGCUGGCCAUCAUCACCAAGAUGACCCUCACCCAGGUCUCCACCUGGUUCGCCAACGCCCGCCGGCGGCUCAAGAAGGAGAACAAGGUGACCUGGGGCUCCAGGAGUAAGGAUCAAGAAGAUGCAAAUCUCUUUGGGAGUGACAAUGAGGGGGACCCCGAGAAGAAUGAAGACGACGAGGAAAUCGACCUGGAAAGCAUAGACAUAGAUAAAAUCGAUGAGAACGAUGGGGAGCAGAGUAAUGAGGAAGAGGAGGAGAAGUCUGAGCUCCUGAGACAAAGCAGUGAAGAGAACUUGGAAAAGGAGAAGGAUUUGGCACUGUCAGGGUCUGAAGGUCUGAAACCUAAAGAUGCACUGGCCAUGGUGAAAGAGGCCUCUGACAACAGCACGCGAAUCAUCAGUCCCGGGGGACAGAACAGUUUACAGAUGCCAUCUCACAGCAAACCCAAGAUUUGGUCUUUGGCAGAGACGGCAACCAGUCCUGAUGGUGCCCUGAAAUCUUCUCCCCCUCCACCCGCUCCUCCCCAGGUUAACCACACUUCUCCACAGAUCCAGCACCCCGCUUUUCUCCCUAGCCAUGGACUCUACACGUGCCAGAUUGGCAAAUUUCACAACUGGACAAAUGGGGCUUUCCUCACUCAGAGUUCCCUGCUAAAUGUGAGGUCCUUUUUGGGAGUAAAUCACCAUCAUGCUGCUCACCACAAUCACCACCUCCAGGCCCAGCAACAACCUUCCGUUUUAACAGCAACCCUGGGAGCCCUCAGCAGUGAAAAGCCUUCAGAGAGGACCAGUCCUAAACACACAGAAAGAGAAAACGUACCAAGAACUGAAUCCCCACCUCAGCCGCUAAAAUCGCCCUUCCAGCCUGUCCGUGACAACUCUUUGCCUCAGCAAGAGGGAACAACGAGAAUUUUAGCAGCUCUCCCUUCCGCUUGA